CGCGGCUCCGACACGGACGGACGGACGGAGUUUGGCUAUCCUGCGAGCGGUUUACCCCGGGACGAGACGCGCCUCACCCAGCCACCCAGCCGCCCAGCCGCCCGCCGAGAGAACUCCUGCUGGUUCAACGCGGUUCUGCUUUGGUCGUCGUGGUUCGCGGGGGUUUUGUGUUCGGAAGACGGUGAUUUUAUUUCCUUUUCUCCUUCGGCGACACAAGGAGGAACGCCAAGGCUCUUCCAGUAUGUCGGGGAGUCGGGAGGAGGAGAGGCGGAAGCUCGCCGACAUCAUCAACCACUGGAACGCCAACCGGCUCGACCUGUUCGAGAUCAGCCAGCCCACAGAGGACUUGGAGUUCCAUGGCGUGAUGCGCUUCUACUUCCAGGAUCGAGUGGCAGGAAACUUUGCUACCAAAUGUAUCCGAGUUUCCAGCACAGCCACCACACAAGACGUGAUAGAGACCCUGGCAGAGAAGUUCAGGCCAGACAUGAGGAUGCUCUCCUCACCCAAAUACUCUCUGUAUGAAGUCCACGUCAGUGGGGAAGAACGUAAGCUGGAUCUGGAUGAGAAGCCUCUCGUGGUUCAGCUCAACUGGAACAAAGACGACAGAGAAGGACGCUUCGUGCUGAAGAAUGAAAACGACAUCCUGCCCAAGCAGAGGACCCAGAGUAAUGGUCCAGAGAAGGAAAAGGACGGCAUGAUCCAGAACUUCAAGAGGACUCUAUCCAAGAAGGAGAAGAAAAAGGAGAAGAAGAAGGAGAAGGAGUUUGCUCGUAUCCCAGAUGGAGAUGAACUGACUCUCUGCGGAGAGGACAGUGAAAAUAGUCGCCUGGCGGCUGAGCUGUACAAGGACAUGCCUGAGACCAGCUUCACACGCACCAUCUCCAAUCCAGAGGUGGUGAUGAAGAGGAGGCGCCAGCAGAAACUGGAGAAACGCAUGCAGGAGUUCAGGAGCAACGAUGGGAGGCCCGACUCUGGGGGAACUCUGAGGAUUUAUGCAGACAGUCUGAAGCCCAACAUCCCCUAUAAGACCAUUCUGCUGUCCACUACAGACAUGGCAGACUUUGCCGUGGUAGAAGCCUUGGAGAAGUAUGGCCUGGAGAAGGAGAACCCUAGAGAGUAUUGCAUCGCACAGCAAGAAGAGAAGUUGGACAAGGAAGUGAUCCUCGAUGAUACAGAGUGUCCGCUGCAGAUAUUCAGGGACUGGCCAGCUGACAGAGGAGCACUAGUAUUCCAGUUAAAGAAGAGACCUCCUGACCAUGGCAAGAAGGGGAGGAAGGCAGAGGACAAGGUGCAGCGAGGGAAGGAUGGCCCAGUGCAUGGCUCCCUGCCACCUGAGAAGUUGCCUUACCUGGUGGAGCUGAGCCCAGAUGGGUCAGACUCCCGUGACAAACCAAAGCUCUACCGGCUUCAACACAGCAUCACUGAGGUGGGCUCUGACUGCACCGACGACGGCGCUAUCCAGUUGUUUGGUCCAGGCCUACUACCCCACCACUGUAACCUGAUGCACAGUGAAGGCCUGGUUACCGUCACUCCCCACGGCCCAGAUGCAGACACCUUUGUUGAUGGGCAGCGUGUCACGGAGACAACCGUGCUACGCUCCGGCUCCACCCUUCAGUUUGGCUCUGCCCACGUUUUCAAGUUUGUGGAUCCAAUGUACGACCAGGGAGGCAAGAGGGACCCCACUGCCAUGAUGAGGGGCAGGCACAAGUCUGGCAGUGUACCAGAGACGACCUUUGACCUCCACGGGGACGUCCACAGCGGGCCUGCCCUCACUACCAGCAAGAGCUCGGGGAAGUUGGACAUAGAGCGAGCCAAUGGCAGUGAGCGGGGCAUGGUCAAGCCCAUGAUCAGAGGAGAGCAGCAGGACAGCAGGUCCCAUGACAGCUCUGCACCAGAGGCGACUCUGCCUGCUGGCAUCGAAUUCAGAGACAACUCGGAAGACGCUUUCCUGUCGGCCAUCAUCAACUACACCAACAGCUCCACAGUACACUUCAAGCUGUCCCCCACCUAUGUCCUCUACAUGGCCUGCCGCUACGUCCUCUCCCCACAUUACCGGCCCGAGAUGUCCCCCUCAGAGAGGACCCACAAGGUCAUAGCCAUUGUCAACAAGAUGGUGAGCAUGAUGGAAGGAGUCAUCCAGGAGAUUCCUGAAGGGGACCAGAAGCAAAAAAACAUCGCGGGGGCACUGGCUUUUUGGAUGGCUAACGCCUCAGAGCUGCUAAAUUUCAUUAAGCAGGACAGAGACCUUACCCGCAUCACGCUGGACGCCCAGGACAUCCUAGCCCACCUCGUGCAGAUGGCCUUCAAGUACCUAGUCCACUGUCUUCAGGCUGAUCUGAACAACUACAUGCCUGCCUUUCUAGAUGACCCCGAGGAGCAUAACCCACAAAGACCUAAGAUAGAGGACGUCCUCCACACCCUGACAGGAGCCAUGUCUCUCCUGCGACGCUGUCGAGUCAACGCAGCUCUGACCAUCCAGCUCUUCUCCCAGCUCUUUCAUUUUAUCAACAUGUGGUUGUUCAACAAGCUGGUGACCGAGGCCGAUUCAGGGCUCUGCUCCCACUACUGGGGAGCCAUCCUCAGGCAGCAGCUCAGCCACAUCGAGGCCUGGGCAGAAAAACAGGGCCUGGAGCUUGCAGCUGAUUGUCAUCUCAGUCGUAUCGUACAGGCCACCACCCUGCUGACCAUGGAUAAAUAUUCUAUGCAGGAUGUCCAGAACAUCCAAAACACCUGUUUCAAACUCAACUCCCUUCAGCUCAACGCCCUCAUGACCAACUACCACUGUGCUCCUGAUGAGCCUUACAUACCGCCUGAGCUGAUAGACCACGUGGUAGCACUAGCGGAGAACACAGCAGACGAGCUGGCGAGGAGUGACGGGAGGGAGGUGCAGCUGGAGGAGGACCCGGACCUCCAGCUGCCUUUCUUGUUGCCUGAGGACGGGUACUCUUGUGAUGUGGUCCGCAACAUCCCAAAUGGCUUCCAGGAGUUUCUGGAGCCCUUGGUGCAGAGAGGUUUCUGUCGUCUGAUAUCCCACCCCCGUGCCGCUGGUACCUGGACCAUUCACUUUGAAGGAGCUGACUGUGAUAGCCACUUCUGUGCCGCUGACAGCUCGGACAUGCCAAUGAGGAAAGAGCCAGAAGUUGUCACGGUAACCCUGAAGAAGCACAAUGGCAUGGGCCUCAGCAUUGUGGCUGCGAAGGGUGCUGGUCAGGAAAAGCUGGGGAUCUACAUCAAGUCAGUGGUCAAAGGAGGUGCAGCUGACAUGGAUGGUCGUCUGGCAGCAGGGGACCAGUUGUUAAGUGUGGACGGUCGCAGUCUGGUGGGUCUGUCACAGGAGAGAGCGGCAGAGUUGAUGACGAGGACAGGGUCGGUGGUGACGUUGGAGGUGGCUAAGCAGGGAGCUAUCUACCAUGGCCUUGCUACCCUACUCAACCAACCCAGCCCCAUGAUGCCUAGAGCAUCAGACCGGGGCAGGGAUAAGAACGGGAAAAUGCGACCAAAGAGUGAAGGCUUUGAGCUGUACAACAGCUCGGUGCAGAAUGGCUCUCCAGAGAGCCCGCAGUCCGGCUGGGACUCCUACCCUGAACCAAAGAAGAUGAGUGGCGAAGAGCGGCUCCUCAAGAACCGCGCUGACCAUCGCUCUAGCCCCAACGUUGCGAAUCAGGGUCAGAGUCCUGGAAGCAAAGCAGUGUACUCUGGAGGACCCGGCACCAAGAUCACCUCAGUGUCCACGGGCAACCUCUGUGCUGAUGAGGAGCCCUCCCCUCCUCGUCCAGAGGCCUACCCCAUCCCCACCCAGACCUACCCGCGGGAGUACUUCACCAUUCCAGCCUCAAAGAGCCAAGACAGGAUGGCAGGGCCAGGGCAGGGUCCCGCACAACACUGGCAGACCAUGAACGAGAGGGACCAACUCCCCGGGGGCAUGGCUGACAGCAUCCACAACAACAGCAUGCAGCGGGGGUCUCACUCACAGGAAGAGCUCUACCCCUCAGUGGGCGGCUUGAGGCCAGAGGAUCUGGUCCACCUCCAGCAGCAGCAACACCACCACCAUCAAAGGGAGGAGCAGCACUACCAACGGGAUCACGAGUAUCAGAGGGAACCAGACUACCAGCACCGAGACCUGGACUACCAGCACCGAGACCUGGACUACCAGAGAGGUUUGGGAGGGGCGGACCACUGGGGUAAUCACCAGCAGAUGUCCUCCUCCGUGGAAUCCUCCACCUCCAGCCAGGAGCAUCUCAACUUCUCUGCGGCUUCCUCCUCCUCCAACAAGACUCAGAACCACAAGAGUGGGCCGCGUCGUUGGAAGACUCCCAACGCACCCCACGCUGUGCCCCCCCACUCUCAGCCACCGUCUCGCUCCGACCUGCCCCCACCCCCACCACCCCCUCCCCCUGCCCACUACCCAGAUCCAUAUGACCUCCAGGCUGACCUCCCCCUCCCUCCCCCACCUGCUGUCACUUCAGUAACAGCCCAGCAGGCAGCUGACCGCAAGAAACGGGAGGAGCAGCAGCGCUGGUAUGAAAAGGAGAAGGCCCGCCUGGAAGAGGAGAGGGAGAGGAAGAGGAGAGAGCAGGAGAGAAAGCUAGGACAGAUUCGGGCAAACCCUGUCAUGCCUGUUCCACCUCACAACAACGGAGGUGCCAUGCCCACUCCCCACCAUCAGCCCCCUCCUGCUUCUAUGGCCCCAGCGCAGUCAUACCUCCCUCCUCAGCCCCAGUCCCAGCCCCCGCCAUCCAGGCCGGAGAAGCUGGCCAGCCUGCCGCGUUCUGCUGUGCCUCCCCCAGCCCCACCCAGCGCUGCCAACCCUGUCGGCCCGGGUAUGGACACGGUGAUCAGGGAGUUGCUGCCCCAGCAGCAGCCACGCACCAUAGAGAGACGGGAUCUGCAGUACAUCACUAUCAGUAAGGAGGAGCUGUCCUCCAGUGACAGCCUGUCUCCAGACCCCUGGAAGAGGGAUGCCCGGGAGAAGGCUGAGAAACAGCAGCAGCUGCACAUCGUGGACCUGCUAGACAAGGAGAUACAAGAACUCCAGGCAAAACCAGAGCGCACGGCCGAGGAGAACGACCGUCUGAGGAAGCUGAUGCUGGAGUGGCAGUUCCAGAAACGGCUGCAGGAGUCAAAGCAGAGUGAUGAGGAUGAGGAGGAAGAGGAUGAUGAAGAUGUGGACACCCUGAUGAUUAUGCAGAGGCUGGAGGCAGAGAAAAGAGCAAGGCUGCAGGACGAGGAGCGACGGCGCAAGCAGCAACUGGAGGAGAUCCGUAAGCGGGAGGCAGAGGAACGAGCCAAGCAGGAGGAAGAGAGGAGAUGGAGGGAAGAGGAGAGGGCCAGACGAGAGGCAGACGAGAAGAGGAGACAGGAGGAGGAGUACUACACACGACUGGAGGCGGAGCGGCGCCGGCAGCAUGAGGAGGCUGAGAGAAAGCUGCUGACGCCCGAUGAGCCUGCCGCCGGUCUGUACCGGCCGCCCCUACCCCAGGACUACCAACCCCUUUCCCCUAACCCCCCAACUACCACUAACACCCCCCCACCCCCUCCACAGAGAAACGCCUCCUACCUCAAAACCCAAGUUGCCUCCCCUGACACGCUCUACACUGCCAAGUUUGUCUCCUACACGGGCGAGGAGGAAGAGGAGGAGGAAGGGGAGGAAGUCACCAGAGCAGGGAGUGGCGGCGGCGGCGUUGGCCUAUCAGGUCAGGUGAAGCUGUCGGCGACCCGGAAGUCGUAUGGCGACCUCCCGGCCACCGCCUCGUCCAAUCACAGCAAACCUCAGCCGCCGCCCACUGCGCGCAAGCCCCGCCCUCUGUCUGACGGCAUCUUCCUGUCUGGCUCAUUCCAGCCGCCUGUCAACAACUCCAACAGUACAGGCUACGCCCCUCCCCCUCCUGCCAAACCCAGCUUCACCCCCUCAGGCGGCUACAAAGGGUUUAAUUCAUACACUGGAAACACAGCAGGAGUUGUAGGAUUGGGAGAGCUGUACAAUGACCCACGGGACAAGGGGACGAAAAGUAGCAGUCAGGAGCAGGAGAACUCGAUCCCCAGCGGAGCUCCGGAGAGCCUGACCUUCAAGGAGCGCCAGCGUCUCUUCUCCCAGGGCAAGGAGGUGUCCAACAAGGUCAAAGCCUCUCGCAAGCUUAUGGAGCUGGAGAACGAGCUCAACACUAAACAGUAGACUGGAGCCUUAGCCCCGCAUUCCCGCCCCCGAGGGAAGCCAGUGCCUGCUGCCACACAACCCCUCCCCCCCCCCCGCUGACCACCUCCCAAAACAAACACACAGAGCACCAACAACCACCAUCUAUCUCUUCUCCUUUCUGGCCUGCCGCCACUUCCCCACAACCACUCACACACACUGAAGCUAGCUAGCUUCACUGAUGCUAGCUAGCUUCAGUGGCCAGCGGAGCAACUCGGUGUCAGCAUUCAGCCGCUCGUGAGAACGUAGGCCGACUUCAGGCAGCAGCGAGCAGAGAGCCGGCAUUCGCUUCCCGACAAGUGACCGUCUCCUCUUUUGUGGUGUUUUCCUACUUUCUUUUUUUUAAUUGUUGGAUAACUGGACCAUUCACAUAUGAAGUAGAUGUACCGUUGCAAUAGGAGAGACACAAAUUGCUUAUUUUUUCCCUCAAGUUCUAUCAAAGGCAUAUAAUGAUAAAGCACUGUAAAAAUAUUUUAAUUCUAACUAGCCAGACACGAAUGGCAGGAUCACGUGAUGAAGGGGUGAUGAUAUAUUUUUGUUUGUAAAAUGGUUCUUGGGUUAGGCAUGGAAAAGGUUUUUGCUCCUUAACUUUUUUUAAAUAGCUUACUGUAAUAUGAAGUAUUUUAUGCUGUUAUUUUAUGCUUUUUUCUGCAUUUACGAUUAUUUUCACACUUUUAAUUCUCGUCAAAACAAGUGAUCAUCAGACCAAUUUUUCCUUUAAAGAGCGGUGUGAGAAAUGCUCUCGUCCCUCUCGGUUCGCCAUACGACAUAUGCCUUCCCAUUCCGUAGCAGGCGCGGCGCGAGUGUCCCCUGUUUCUUCUGGUCCCACUCUGGAAGAUUCUAGGACUUCUUUUACCAAUACGUUUGCUGGGUGUGGAGGGAGAUUCUUAAGUGCACAAUAACACUGUAAAUACCUGGGUCCAAAAAUUGUCUCAUUCUUUACUACUGUAAAAUCAGAACACUUCAUUUUUUAACUUACUGGCAGGGAGAAGUUGCAGAAGUAAUGUGACUAAAGCACUAGUGUUUCUUGACCGAGGGUCCCGAGUCGCUGUACACGACGACCAACCCGCAGACUUUUUUUUUCCACACGGUGGAAGUAGGAAGACAGAUCGGUCAAACGGGACUCACUGCCCCAUGUUCCUCGUGUCUGCGUGGCUGGCGAGUAUUUUAAAUGGUUCUUACCCCGCCCGGCCCGGCCCCAUUAACUCUUUUAGUAUCGUGUUGACUUUGUUUGAACUGGUCGUUUUGCAGAGUUGUUUGAGGUUAAUUUGAUUGUACACUACAUUCAUUUAAAUUAAGGCAGAAAAUGGAUCAGUGGUUACUAACAAUGGGGAAAAUGUCUGUCAAUUUCAAAUAAAACAGAAAUCUCAAACUGCUCCAUGUCCUCGUCUGUGUGGCGGCAGCAACUGCACAAGUGUAUUUGGUAUGAAAAGAAGGAUCAGCGGUCCGUUGCGAGACAUGGACAACAGAUUUCUCCUGGUGUGAUGGCGUGUAUUUUAAUAUAUUCACACAGCAGCACGUGGUAUUUCAUAACUUACUCUCAGUCCAAACCUCUGCAGCGCCCCCAGCAGGGCUUCUGUAGAAGAGGAAUGCAUCGGAAAUAUAGUGGGACACACACAUAUUUCCUGUGCAAUGUCCUUCAUACUGACACUCACACACACACACACUGUCUCUGUCUCUCUCUUGCUCUCUCUGUCUCGCACUGUCUGUCUGUCUGUCUGUCUGUCUGUCUGUCUGUCUGUCUGUCUGUCUGUCUGUCUCUCCUUCUGGGCAUCCUGACAUGCGGUUCUGUGGAGGUGUGAUGGAGGACAGAAGAUGCCGUUUGCUGCAGUGAGGAUGUUGACUCACAUGUACACACUAAUAUGUCCCCUCUGUCCCACAACUUUUGUCCCAUAUCUCUAUCCCACAACUUUGUCCCACAUCUCUGUCCCACAACUCCCUUUUAGGUUUCAAAAUGAACUGAAUCCUUCAAAUGGUUUUUUGUUUAGCCUUUUGUAAAUCAUUAAUAAAUGCAGAUUUUUUUU